CUCUCUUUAGAGAGGAAAAAAAAAAAACAUUUUCUCUCUCUUUCUUCUUAGGAAAAUCAGACUUUGGUUUUUCUCGUAGCUGUGCAAAAACAGAGCCAUGGUUUCCAAACCUUGAAAGAUCUGCAACUCCUUUCUCUCUCUCUGUGUGUCUACUGCACUUUAUUUAUUGGACCAAAGUAACUCUAAGUUGCGGAUCUCUAUCAGGAACAAUCAUCACCAGCUCAAAAGAAGCACCCUAAAUUAGACCAACUUUUUUCCCUUUGCAGUUGCACCUUCCAAUAUAGGAAGCUGGAAUGGCGAAUCGAGUGAAGGAAGAGGAGAAAAACGAGCGGAUAAUUCGGGGUCUCCUUAAACUUCCUGAUAAUCGCAGAUGUAUUAAUUGUAACAGUCUGGGACCACAGUAUGUUUGCACAAAUUUCUGGACAUUUGUUUGCACCACUUGCAGUGGAAUACAUCGGGAGUUUACACACAGAGUGAAAUCAAUAUCAAUGGCUAAAUUUACUUCACAAGAAGUUAGUGCUCUUCAGGAAGGUGGGAAUCAGCGUGCCAAAGAAAUUUAUUUUAAAGAAUGGGAUCCACGGCAUCACUCUGCUCCUGAUAGCAGUAAUGUUGCUAGACUUCGAGAUUUCAUCAAACAUGUUUAUGUGGAUAGAAAAUACAGUGGUGGUGAGAGGAAUUAUGACAGGCCUCCGAGGGCAAAGAUGGGUGACAAGGAAGACUUCUAUGAGAAAGGAGGAUCCCGAAGCCCACCAUAUGAAGAUACCUUUGAGCGUCGCUACGGUGACAGGUCUAGUCCUGGUGGAAGAAGUGAUGAUAGGAAUUCUAGAUAUGGUUAUGAUGAGAGAAGAAGUCCUGGAUACGAGCAAGAAAGUCGGCAGUAUGGUGAUUAUAGAAGUAGUCCUCCUCGUCCUGAGAUUGUCAAUGAUUGGCGCAGAGAUGAUAGGUUUGGAAAUGGCCGGAAGUUUGAAGAUCGUAGAAUAUCUGAUGGAGAUUCAAAACUGGAAGGCAGGUCACCUGAACGAACAAAAGGUCUGGAUUCGUCUAGUCCCCCUAUGGCUCGUCCAGUUAGGGAAAUUUUAGGAGAAAAUGUAUUGCCUCUUCGAAUAAGUGAACCUCCUAAAGUCAAUGGUGGCAGGGCUGCUGAUGGCUCUGCUCAUGCACAGAGAACUGCAUCUUACAGCAGCUUGGGAUCUGCUAAUGAGAAUCCGGCUGAAAUCAAAUUGGAGAGUACUGGAAGUUUAAUUGAUUUUGAUGCUGAUCCUGAGCCUCCCACUACUGCAGCAGCUACCCAAGCACAACAGACUAUUCAACCUCAAUCUGUUGCACAGCCAGCAAGUCAAACCAAUGACAAUAAUUGGGCCUCUUUUGAUUUUGUCCCCGAAACAAGAGUAUCUCAAGCUCCAAAUUUGAAUACUUUGGAAUCUAUCUUUUCUCUAGAAGUAUCUUCAAUACCCGGUGGUGCAGGUGCUCCAAUAACUGCAUCUGUGGCUCAUGUUGGUGUAUUACCAGUUGGUGGUAGCUUACCUGUUGCACCUGUGGGGCAAGCACCGAUUUCUCCCUUUAUUACUGUUGCCCCUGCAGCUGCACCAGUAAGUGGAUUUGCUUCAUUUCCCUCAGCUAAUGCUUUGGCAGCUGCCCCAGGAACAACACAUGUAUUGUCUGGGAAUGCAGGUAAUUCCUUUAGUAUGCAGUAUCAACAACAUCCUUUAUUUUCUGCUGCUGCUAGUCAAAAUGUUGCACCACAACUUACAGUUCCAGUUCAUGGAGCUUCAAGCAAUCAGCCAUGGAAUUUGUCUCAUGCUCAGAAUUCACAGGGGCUUCUGAGUGCACCAGCUGUUCAAGCACCUAAAUUUGUCACAAAAUCUGCAGAGGUCAAUUCUGGAAGUGUCUUACAACCUUCCCCUGUGGAAGUUAAGUCAACUGGCACGAAAGAACUGCCUGAGGAUCUGUUUGCUUCAACUUAUUCAUCCUUUCAAGCAGUUCCUGGGUGGCAAAAUGGUCCACCUAAUGCCAUGGGGUUCUCAAUGCAAUAUAAUACUGCAGUGCCCAUGCCCACUUUGGUGAAGUCAAGGUCGAUGAACCCAUUUGAUGCCAACAGCGAAUCAACACCAGUUCAAGCCCAAACAUUUCCUUCCAUGGCAUCCUUACAAGGUGCUUUGCCAAAUUUGUCUCCUCCUCCUGGCUUAUUAAGCACUUCCAGCCUAGGUACCCCAUCAACAGCUUGGAUGGCACCCCAACCAUCACCUCAACCAUUUUUCAUGCCUUCCCAAACACCAACUUAUGGAGCUCCAAGUAAAACCACUUCUGUUGGGGCGUAUAUGAGGCCACAAGUACCCAGUAACAUCUCACUUUCCGGGCAGCAAGGAGUUGGGGGAUUUGGGAGCCAGGGGGCUGGUUUCAGCCUUAUGAAUCCAGAACAACAGCUGGCAGGUAGAUACUCAGCUCCUGCUACACCACAACCUUUCUCCUCGACUGGGGGCAACCCAUUUGGGUAAUUACAAAGAACAAAAUUCUUUUAAUACUGUUUUAGUAUAAGCAUCGUCUUGUUGCUAUCUGUCAACUUGCUGGGCAGAAAGUUUUGGUUCCGUCACUGUAGUUAGAUAAUCCAACCCAAUGAUAAAUUUGUCAAGUUCAACUCUGUGGUCAGGGCUAAAUGUCCAUAUUCACCAUGGGAAAUAGAUUGAUGCUGUCACAAAAAAAGUCAUUGAGAGGAAGAGAGUUAAUUUAGGAGGGGUACAGAAACCUCCAUUGGGAAUUAAGGGUUUUUUUUUUUGUCCAUGCAGUAUGUUGUGUAUUUGGUAUCUUUGAUGUUACAUUGAUAGUGUUCUAUGUGCUGCCUGUUGCCCUUAGAAAUUGUACAAUUUUUCUUUUGUUAUGUUGUAUUAUUUUGCCAGCUGUUCAUUAUUGUGGCGAGUUAUUUGAGUCUGUGAAAAGUCCGUAGUUCAAUUAUUACAGCUAAGUACAGUUUGAAUGCUAAAUAUUAAUCAAGAUUGAGAUGAGUCUUAUAGCGCU